GGAAAUGGAAGGUGUGAUAGAUGAAUAGUGAAGAGAAAGGAGGCGACGAAAAGCGUGUUUCAUUGCAGGAUGACCUGACUUCACGGAAGAAAAGUGAACUAAUAACUGUAUGUGUGGUAGGAUACCAAAUGUCAGGCGGUCCGUACCACCCCUCUGAAAAUCCGGGGUCAGAAGGAGCACCUGGAGAUGGUGCUCUUCAGCCACGCAAUCCACUACUGUGUUUCCUAUGUGAUGACUAUUAUAGUGAGCCAUGUUUGCUUGCUUGUUACCACACCUUCUGUGCAAGAUGUCUAAGAGGGAGAGAUGCAGAUUCAAAAAUAUCGUGCCCAUUAUGUGGGCAACAAACGGUCUUAAAAGAAGGGACAACGCUUCCUCCACCUGAUUACCUUAUGACUCAGCUCAUAGAGCUCUCCAAUGCAGAAAAUCCACCUUGUGCCAACUGUGACAAGAGAGACAAGGCUUCCAUGUACUUUUGUUCCACGUGUGGACAAGCUCUAUGCAAUCACUGCCGUGAAAACACACAUCGUGCUAAAAUGUUUUCUACACAUGAUGUUGUCCACAUGUCAAAAUGCUCAAAGGAAGGACAUAGAAGGUGUGCAGUGCAUGGAGAGCAGUACAUAAUGUUUUCAAACACUCAGAAAAAUAUGUUGUGUGUCAACUGCUUUCGCGACACACCUACCGAAGCUAGACUCCAUUGUGUUGAUAUAGACACAGCAUAUUCUCAGGGAUGUAAAAAGUUGGACAGAGCUGUUUUGUCUGUCUGUGAGCUUCAAAACUCUGUACGAGAAGGUCUUCUUAUGUUCAAAAAUUUACUAGAUGAACUGAGGCAUAAUAUGGAGAUGGAGAAGCACACAAUAAAUAGCUUUUGCCAGGGUAUGCAGGAAGCUAUUGCAAAGACCCAUGCAAAUAUGAUAAUGGAGGUACAAAGGCAGUUUGAAACUAAAGAACGGCAAUUUAGAGGACAGCUAAUGAGUUUGGGGACUGUUCUGCCUUUACUUCAACUGCAUCUUCUUCUCUGCUCAUCCUUUUCUUCAUCAGCAAACAAGUAUCAGUUUUUAGAUCUAGCUUAUCCUAUGAUGGACAGGCUAGCCGCAGUAUCACAGCUUAGUCAGCCUCUAAGACCUGUACAGUCAAGUCAGAUACGAACAAAUUAUCGUAAUGAAUUUUCUCAUGCUUUGGAGCCUUGGGUGGGGAAAGGUGCUUCUGGUACACAACAGCAGCAACAUUCACAACACCAAGAAACAUCAGGAGAAGGAGGUGGAGCUUUGUACGAAUCAUCACAACAGCAAGUGCAACAAGGCCAACCCUGUGCUGCAGUGCAUGGCCAAGUACAGGGACAUGCCCACCCUGUCAUGCUUCAUCCUCCUCCUUCUCGAAGGCAGCAUUCAGCAUUGAGGGCUAAGGCACUUGAAGGGGAAGGUCCUUUCUCCAACCACUGUAGGAGUUUUGAUACUCAGAUAAAAGAACUAAGUCAGCAACUCUGUGGUGUAAAGGAGCGGCUUGGUGAACUUCACAGAGAUGUCACGUUAUUGCGCCGGGCACAUACUCCACCCCUGGCUGCACGAUAUGAGCAUGUUACCAGAGAAUGUUCAUUACUAGAAGAACAGUUAGAAAGGCAUCAAGUUGAACUUGAAAGGCUGAAAAAUGUUUUUGAUACUUUAUGGGAAGAACAACUUUGCCGAAUCCAUGUGGAACAAGAGAUCUUCCAGUCACAGAUGAAUGAUAUUUUAACAUUGCGUUCUGAAGUAAAACACCUGAGUGCAAUUGCUCAUCAGCUGGAACCGUAUGUAAAAUCCCUAGCAACAGCAGAAUGCAUAGGACCUCAAGGAAGCACAGAUCGUGUACAGCCAAGUGGCCCUGAAUCUGGAACACAAGAAACAUCACAUCAUCAGCUGCAGUCUCUACUUGAACAUAUCAAUAUGUUACAGAUGGAUGCAGCUAACUCAUACAGAAUCAAUGGCAGUCAGAAAGUAGAAUGUCGGGUCCAUUCAGGGCAAGCAAUGACAUCUCCCACAUCAGAAAAUAUUGUGUACAUGAAAGUUGAUGGGAAAGAAGCACCAGUGCGGGAAACUUCUCGUACUCGAGCAAUGAGAGACGCCCAGCCUCUGGAUGCUACGGCUAAUGCAGUUAUAUUUGCAAGUAGACAGCAGCAACAGCAACAGCAGCACCAACAGCAACUACAACAGCAACAACAGCAGCAGCAUCCUAGUACAGCCCAAGAUUUUCAAGUUGCUGAGACAACAAGGGAUGGCAAGAGAGGUGUUCUCAGCCAGCUUAUUGAAAAAGUUCGCAUUAAGGAAGAUCGCAAAAAGUCGCCAGUGCAAGAAGAGGCUAGGGUGGUGUUAGGAAGAGAAAGGAGUAAAUCUGAUGGAAGAGGCACUAUUUGUGCAACAGACAGUUCUCGGUCAAAGCAAUCAAUGGCUGUGACAGGAGAAGAAAUGAAGCAAGUUACUAGUGCUGCAGUUGGGAAAAUUGGCACAUUCAGAACUGGUAAAAUGGAAUCUUCAUCUUGUCGGUACGGUAGCACUACCUCUCGUGAAGGAUCGUCAAAAGUUGCUUCCUUCUACCAUACUAUAAGUGGGAAAGUCUUAGGUUCAAGGGAUAGUGAUAGAUCUGAUCCUUGUGUAGUUUCUGAACAAUCUCUCAGUUCAAAUCUUCAUACACACCAUCAUUUGCCUCCUCCUCCCCCACCAACAUCCUCCAGGAGACCUCAGUCUCACCACGAAGACAUGACAGCACCUGAUUUGAUGGGGACUGCAGCAUGCACGGACGGACGUGAAAGGCUCGACAGUCACUUAAAAGACAAGUUGCACGAUACAAUGGGUCGAGCUACAAUGGUGGGACGUGCCAUUCGCCCAGGAUCAGUUGGUGAUAAAGUAGAGGACAGAGCAGGAAUGGUAAAUGAAGAAAGUGAAUAUCAAAGAAUAUUUGAUGCAACUGCUACAACAUCACCUGUCAGUGAUGGUUCAGUAGGGGGAAGUGUAACAAAGCAAGCUGUAAGAGCUAUGGUGCAUCGUGAACCUAGUGCUGUAGCUAGCACACCGUCAUCACCCCACAGGCAGAGGGGUCAUUUCAGUAAAAUGGUUAGGAUGUACCCAGCAUCUGACACAGAAGAUAAUGUAUUUUAUACUCCAGAGGAACAAACUGGAGAAGAUAAGUCCAAAAAACAGAAUUCUUGUGAAAGUUUGACAUUAAGCACAGUUUCGGUUAAUAGCAGAAGAUCAUCAAUGGAUUUAGGAGAUAGAAAAACAUUAGUUGUAGUCAUUGGAACUAGUAGUAAAGCAACCAAAGCCAGGUUAAUGCAGAAACAAAGAUCAUGGGAAACAUUUCCUCCAAAGAAACGGAGCACUGAAGAGCAAAGAGAGAGCUACAGUAAAUUUUGUAGAGAUCCUGAUGCAUUUAGAGGUGGCUUUGAAUGCAGACCACAGAGUGAUGGGGGAGGCCAGAGUACAGCUGGGACCAGGGGAGAAGGAGGAGCCCUGAAGAAAGCAGACAGCUUUGAGGGCCAUGAAGAAGCAGUAAGAACAUUGGUUGCAGCAGUUCAGGAAACAAGAACACAGCAAAUGCAGCAACAAAGGAAGCAGUCUCAGUCAAAGUCUAGCGGCAACUAAAAUAAAAGUAUUUCAGAAGCUUAUGAAGGAAGGAUCUUAUUUGUCGAUGGGGAGAAACAGGGAGAUGGUAUGAACGGUAGACAACAAAGGUGAAAGGUACUCUGAAGCCAAAACCAAGAGAAAUACACAAGCUGCAGUUGAGAACAGAAAUCAAACACAGGACAGGUAAAUGUCAGAUAUGAUUUGUCUUCAAUUUCUAAUAUAUUAAUGGAAAGCCAUUAAAGAGAAGAUAUUUAACAUAUCAGGAAGUUAACACAAUGAAUAAGUUUCCAAAAACAAGAGUCCCAAAAGCUCAAAUAUGAAGAAAUAAGAAAAAGAAGAAGGUGAAGAAAUAGCAUGAAUUAAUUAAUUAAUGGAUGAUGACUAAUAUGGAUUGGAGAGCAUAUAAAUGUAUCUACUACAGCUGUAGGACUCCAAGCUGUUGGUGCUAUGAGGAAAUUAAAAAAAAAAUAGUUAGGCAGUGAAAUUCAAAUCAAAGCUUUCCCUGAUGGGUCUGGAAAAGUAAUGGAGGAUGUGGUUUGAGCUAAAUUUGUAGUGGCAUAACAAAUGAAGGGCAGACAGCUGUAUAAGAUUCCAAAAGCUUACAGGGUCUUACAGUAGUGUUAUUUAUAUUAGGUGAGAAAGAAGUUAGGUAAUAUGCCUAGGGUGGAGAGAAUAGUUAGUAAGGUAAUGUCUUCUCAUUGUAUGACCUUAGGAGAUCAUUUUCUUAUCACAAGAGGUUGUUGAUGGACUCCAAAAACCCAGUACAAGAUCAUGAGAAGGAGGCUGCUCACGCAUUGAUAUUUAGAUGGACAAAUUUUUUUGGAUAAGCUGCAGGAACUUGAAUGUUCAGCAUGAAAGUAGAGUUAGGUGAGGGGAUGAACAUUCUGCUGCUUGAGGGAAUUUCAAGUGAACAGAAGUGUUUAUUGCAGUCAAAGUCAACACAAAGAAGGAAAGAAACCAGAAUUAUUUGCAUUUAAUUUGGGAGUAAAAUGCAGAAGAUGUUCGAGUUCAAAUUCACAAUGGAUCAAGACAGUCAAAUAAGAAAUGUGUUGUCUGUGGAGACCCACUAAAUAAAAAGUUUUGUUUCACAAUGUGGGGUAAUGAGCAACUCUUACCUCUUUCUGAACAUUCAGUUUUCUACACUUCCUCCAUUCUAACUUCCUGGCUUCAGCAACUUUAGAUUCUUUCAUGCCAUGAGUAUGCAUUUCCUACCACUUUUUUUAAAAAGCUUUGGUAAGUUGACAGUUUCAUUCACCAGUAAAAUUUAAAUAUUCACACUUAAAUUUUUGACAGGGGACCAUUAGAACAUGGUCAAAAAACUCAGUGGCAGUGAUUUUCAGUUGUACAUAACUAAUCAUGUCACAAUCACUUAUCAACUGUUAGUUAUUUUUAAGAAGACAUUUUAUCAUCUUCAUUUUGUGAUGUUUUUAUAGUUUUGUCUGAUAACAGUUUCUUGCAAAUCAUUCUUAUAUUUCGUUGUAUUUAGUAGUUCAUAUUUAUCCAGGAAAUGUAUCUAUGAUACAAUAAGUACCUGAUGGGAUUCACAAUGUCCCUAUGCUGCAGUGUGAAAAAUUAAAAACAAGAUUAUGUUGAGAACAUCCACAUUUAUGAUGUUAAAAUAUCUUUUUCUCAUGGGAAUGCUUAUGUCUACUUUAUAUUUAACAUACAAAACUGUUCAAGUUUAUUUUUCCACUUUAUAGAGCUGUUGACCUUUCUAGAUUAUUCCUAUUUGCUGGUGAGAGAAUAUUAAUUUUGAGACUGACAUUGUAAGAAUUCAGAUUUUUAACACCCAACACAAAUGCUAUGAACCUGCAGUUGAUUAUAAUGCUUGUGCAGAUAAAUUACUUUCAGAGUUGCAUGGUAGCCAUUUCACUACAGUUCACACAGCAUGUCAUACAUGGUAUCUUCUAAUAACACAAACAAUGUCAGUUCUUGGUGAUUUCCCACAGCUCCCAGUAGCAUAACAUAACAUGCUAAACUUGUAGUUACUCUUUUACUUCAGAGUCUUUUCAUCCGUGUUACCUUCCACCUUGUCCUUAAGUUUAUUUUAACUUUUGAAAUCUUGUAUGUGCAAAUGCCAAAUAAUAAUUGUAAUGGAAUUGCUGUGUUUUACUACAUUUCUCAGCAUUAUAUUUCCAGUCCUCUUAUUCUGUAUAUCCUCACUGUAUGGGUUCACUAUUUUACAGCUUUCAAGCUGAGAGGAAGCUUUUCUCUGAUUUUUGUCAACACUGAUAUCAUAGGAGCCAGAGUAGUAGAGCAUGGUUGAGGACCAUGGUUGUGUACAUCAUGUUGCUUUGAACACUUUACUUUUAAGCUUUUCUGCUUCUCAUUGUAUUUCUUUUAAUAGUAUUCAAUGUAAUUUCAACAACUUUUGUGAUGAAACAUUUUAUAUAGGUUACAUACAAACAAGGUUGUUGUUCACAGUACACUGAAUUUCUAGUUUAUAAUUUUUUAAUCAUUAUAUCCAUCUCAAUUCUAUUCAACAGAGGUUCAGUCAUGACAGAAUUCAUAUAACAGAAGUCUCAUUAGUCAUGCAGUGUGAUGUAAACUCUUGCUAUUAGAUGAAAUAACAAUUUUUUUCCACUUUCAGACUAAUGCUGACUAUUCUACAUUAAUGUUUUUUUUUGUGGUAUACAUUGAUAGUUUAAAAGGCUCACUUGCAUUUUCUAUCUCAUUUCUGUGUAAGGCUACCACUUUCUUCCUUCUCUCCCCCUUCCCCUCUUUCACACCCACCAUCCACCUGCUUCUCCAUGAGCCCACCUUCCAUCCUCAUAAUUCUUGUAACAAUGCUACCCAGAUCUAUCAUUUUUAUAACGCAGCUGUGUUCUGCGAGAUGUUUGUGUAGAAUAUGAUCUACAAGAGUCAUACCAAAUUAUAUAUUAUCUCCACUACUAAUGAAUUUUUUAAAACUUUGUGAAUUGCAAUAGCCUAAGAAUACUUCUGAAAGAAAUACUCUUGAAGCCAUAGCAACUUUCAGAGAUGAAGAUUAGCUCAGAGCCUCCAUUCCAGUACAGAAAUUUUCAACAAUAUCUUUCCUUACCUUUGUAUCAUGCACAUAGCUCUGUUUGGUUGUGAUUUGUAUCUAAUUUAGUCUGGCAUGUAUUUUUACAACAAAUGAACAAUGACAGAAAUCACCUGUCAUCUCCUUGUCAAUUUAUAAUAUACUUAUAUUGAGCCAUGUAAAUUUUUCCAAACUCCGUAAAAUCCCCCAAAUCACCAGUGAAUGUAUGGAGACCUAAUACAUCAGUGUGACUAAAUUUCAAAAAAUACCAUGUGUCAUUAAAAGGUUAACUAAUAUGUUAAAAGAGUAUUUACGUAAUUAACUUACAAUAAUGUGUUCAGAGACAUAUGCCUAAAUGAUUUGUUGGGCUACAGCCACAAAAGAUUUAAAAAGGCAAAGGUGCUGUGUUACUAGAAUGUUAGUAAAAUAUAACUAAAAAUGAUGUAACAUUUUAUAUAAAUAUCUGUAAAACAUCAACAAAUGGUUUUCAUCAUGUGAGCUUUUUAGGAGGACAGAAACUGAUUGGCUGUGACAGAACAUGUGUGAAUGUGCAAUUAUAUCAUUUUUAUGAUAAAUGUGAUCUUCAGCAAUACUGUUUGCAUGUACAACAAGGAAUGAGGAAACUCAUUAGUCAUAGCAGAACACUUUACUACUGGCAACAACUCUUGUUUCCAAGGAAGGAAAUGCUUGUCUUACUUUCAGAAGAUUAAAUACAGUCUCCAGGUUGUUAACUGUUUUAAUGUUAUUUUAAAAUAGCAGUUAGAUUCUCAUGUGUGUUCAUUUUACUAUUUUACAUUCCUAAGUAAAUAUCAUACACUGGAAAAAACAAUUAAAACACCAAAUAUUUUAUGUGUUUGUAAUUGUCAAA